GCCCUUCUCACUUUCCCGGAAACAUCUUAAUAUAUUUGUCGUGCGCCUGAGCCAACGAUACAUUUCCCAGGAACGACUUGACCAAAUGGCCUACCCAGUCCUUUUCUGCUUUCGAUCAAAACCCUAACCCUAAUUUUAUUUAUUACUCUAUUCAAAAUCCGUCUUUCAGUUCAAUUCUUGAAGAUCCGUCUGUUAUGGGACGUGAAUCAGCGGCAUCCUUGGCUCCGGGUUUCCGAUUUCACCCCACCGAUGAGGAACUUGUGUGGUACUACCUCAAGCGCAAGGUCUGUGGCAAGCUCUUCCGAUUCGACACAAUCUCCGAAAUCGACAUCUACAAGUCCGAGCCUUGGGACCUCCCAGGUCAGUCCAAGCUGAAGAGUAGGGACCUGGAAUGGUAUUUCUUCAGUGUGCUGGACAAGAAGUAUGGGAACGGGUCGAGGACGAAUCGCGCCACGGACAGAGGGUACUGGAAGACCACGGGCAAGGACCGGGAGGUUCGUCACAGAGCCCGAACCGUUGGGAUGAAGAAAACCCUUGUGUAUCACAGUGGGCGAGCUCCUCGUGGGGAGCGGACUAAUUGGGUGAUGCAUGAGUACAGGCUUAUGGAUGAAGAAUUGAAGAAAACAGGCGUGGCGCAGGAUGCAUUUGUAUUGUGUCGAAUCUUUCAAAAGAGUGGCUCAGGUCCAAAGAAUGGUGAGCAGUAUGGGGCGCCGUUCGUUGAGGAGGAGUGGGAUGAGGAUGAGGAUGUGGUGGUUUUUGUUCCAGGUGAGUUGGCUGCAGAAGAAGUUGUAGCUGGUCAUGAACCCUCUGAUGAAGCUGUUGAUCUUGAGAAGUGUCUUGACAUAGGUCUUCCUCCUGAAAAUGAUCCUCUUCCAUUGAAUUUCUAUUAUGGAGAUUGCAGCAAGUAUGCUGAGGAUUCCAGGGUAUUUAAUGAAAAUGAACAAAAGCCCUUCAUAGGUAUGGAGGAAAAUCAUUGUGGUUCGGAGCUGCCUAAUGACCAGAAGAUUUUUGAUCUAUCAGAGCAGUAUGAGGUGGAUGCAAAAUCAGUCAAAGAUGAAUAUUAUGUUGAACAAAGCAAUGAUGUGAAUUCCGUGGAAGUUGAUUACUUACUUGAUGAACCGUACCUGGAUGCUUCUGAAAACCUUGCAUUUGAGGAUGGAUUUUUCCUGGAAACUGAUGAUCUCUCAAACCCUGUUGAGACAGAUCCUUCAGGUUUUGACAUUGAUGAGUACCUUGCAUUCCUUGAUGCCGAUGGUGAUAACUUACAGCAAAUGGCUUUUGGUUCUUUUGAAAUGAUGGGAAGUGAAAACCCUCUGUCUGACCUUGCACCACUUGAUCAAGAGCCUGUGAAUGGAGGAGCUGAGAAACUGCCUAUUGGGAGUCAGCAGCUCUCAGAAGCAUAUGGUGACAGUGGUGCAUCCUCUUCAAAGAAAAAUCCCGAGGCUACAGAAUUUGAAUCCGAUAUCCCAUAUCCAUUCAUCAAACAGGCAAGCUAUCAGUUGUUGGGUGGUAUCCCUGCUCCUUUUGCAUCUGCUUCGGAUGCCCCUACAAAAGAUGUAGCUCUUCGGUUGAACUCAGCCAUGCAAUCUUCUAGUUCAGUUCAUCUCACUGCUGGAAUGAUCCAAAUAAGAGACACGACUUUGAGUGGCAAUGGGGUAGACUGGUCAUAUGGUAAAUCGGGGAAUAUAAAUUUCAUGCUUUCUUUUGGCUUGCCACAGGGUGAGACGAAUUCUGCAAGUUUGGAACCAAUAGCUAGCUUGAUGUCAGGCAAGGCAGGACCAGUAAUAUCCCGGGCUGGGUUCUACCUUAUAUUCAUUUGGGUGCUGAUCCUUUCAGUGAGUUAUAAAAUUGGGACAUGCAUUUGUAGCAGGUAAGACCCUUGAUCCAUAGGAUGGUUGGUUGCCCAUAACAUACCCACAAACAGUAUUCUGGGUUAAAAAGAAAUACAGGCAGGUAGUUGAGGGAUAAUAACCUUUUAUGGUCCCUUCUACAUAACAGCACGCUGCUGUGGCACUGUUAUUAGUUUAUUUUUUAUAUAUGUUACCUACCAAACUGAUACUUUGGUGUUCUCUCGACUCUUUGGUUUUGUUGGACUUGUAAUCGCAGCCUAACUUCUUACAUUCUAUAUGGUCACCUUUUUAUUGAAACAUAGCAAACACACUCACAGUCCCUCUACUUUCAUCGGAGUUUGAGAUCCCUACAUCCUGUGGAAAAUUAGAAAGGAAUGUAAAGCUCAAACAUUCCUGUAACCUGUCAUGAUGUAAUGUCAUUUUUUUCUUUCUUUAUUUGGGAA